CCGUCAAUUACUGGUGUUAGAAGCAAGGUAUGUGUAACAACUUAUAUAACAGAUACAUAAUAAAAUCUCCGAAUUUCACAUUAAAGUAUGGCAACCACCAAACGACUUAAACAAUGUACACUGACGGGUUUACUCUUAACCAUUAUUGUAUCGGCUGUUAUUCAUUAUAAUCAAGGACUUCAUAUAACCUAUACGGAAGCGGCUCUUGAAACAGUGAAGCGUCCUGUACGCGACGGAGACUCGGCGGAUCAUCGAAAGUCACAGGGUUGGCUACUGGACACAUAUAGCAAUGCGAUGACGUAUGACCAUGCCAACACACAGUGCAAACAGGUGUCUAAAUUCAUCUUUAUUAAGACCAUAAAAACAGGUGGAAGCACCACAGCAAACAUAUUAUUAAGGUAUGGAUUAAAGAACAAUCUUACCAUUGCAGAAGAUCACGAGCAAAUCAACAACUGUCCCAACUUUACCGCGAUUGACUACAGCGCUAGCCACAGACAGUAUAAGAGAUCUCUAUUAGAAAACCUUGUACCGAACGCUAAAUAUCUCUCUAUUCUGCGAUCCCCGUACACACAACAAAGAUCGGUGUUUCACUGGUUCAACUUUCCGAGAUCCUUAGGCAAUCAAACUACAUUUAGACAAUUUGUGGAACACCCCGAACACUACUCCGACUUCAUACAGAUUCACCACCAACACAGGAAUGGACAGAUGUGGUUUAUGAUACCGGACUUCGAUAUGCGUCGACAAGCUAACGUAUCGUACGUACAACAAGCCAUCACAUUACUGGACAAAGAAUUUGACUUAGUCUUGAUAUUGGAAUAUUUCGAUGAGUCGCUCAUUUUGUUACGAAAACUACUGUGUUGGGAAUUCGACGAUAUAUUAUACCACAGUGUGAAUGUUCGUAACCCGACCGAUGUAAUAACCCCUUCAAUGGAAUCAUCUAUUAGGAAAUGGAGCAAUGCAGACGUUCUUCUGUAUGAACACUUUAAUCGUACACUGUGGAAAAAAGUGAAUACUUACGAUGGCGAUUUUGAGGACGAUCUGAACAAAUUCAGAACCAGACAGCAACAUGCUAGCAGUCAAUGUACUGACUCCGACGUGAGGGAAGUUGACAGCUUCUGUUGGCGUCUUUUUGUUAAUACGUACAAACUCCAGCGUGUUGCCUUGAAGAAACGGUCAUUACAGAGAAAUAAAAUAAGAAAUGAACGUCGACAGAAAUGUAGACAUGUGUAA